AUGGCUGCCGAGGAUGAUCAUCACGACUUUUGCUCGAUCAAGGACAUGCUUGCCAGUGGUGACAGAAUUAGUGAAAUAGGAAACACUGUUGAAGUUCUUACGAAGAUAGAGCUUGAGGUGGCCUACUGUUCUGAGAAGGUCCUAAACCUCGAUAUACUUCUGAUGAAUGUCGCUAGCCAGUUGACCGAUUAUGAAGCCCUGGAGGUUGAAGCUGCCUUCAUCCCUCCCGAUAAGGUCGAGAAGGCCUUUGAGUUCGAUAUGCUGUCCGGGAUUUUAGAUUCCGAGUUGGAAGAACUGGAUAGCUUCAUGAGAUAUCUCCAAGCAGAAAUCAUGGAUGCCCGUCGAAGGCUACAGCCGAGUGGACAUCCUGAAGCGCAAGUAGGAGAGAAAUUGCGUGAUGCUGAAGAGUCUUUGAAGCAGUCACAAGAGCAGGUGACUGAGAUUAGGACGCACUCAACGAAGUUUGAAAGGCUUUUAGCUCUAAGAGGGAAAGAACCAGGUGAGUAUAUAUAUAUAUAUGUAUAUAUUUAUGUAAAUAUAUCUUUUUGAUUCCUUUCCAUGUUGUUUUAUACUAUAGUAUGGAUAAUUUUUAUUGUCUGUGUUCGUCCUGACAGGGAAUGGCGAGGGUGAAGGCUUUUCUGAUAAUGGCCAUGUUUCUUUGAUGGGUGAUAAGUGGAAGAUGCAUACCGUGGGGCAACAAAGGCACGUUUUGCAGAUGCUGGAGAAGUCGCUGGCCAGAGAACUCGAUCUUGAGAAAAGACUCUCAGAGGCGAGGUAUGAGGAGGAGGUACUGAGGUUGAAACUGGGGUUGGUGGAGAAGGAAGCCUCCUGUGCCGAAGAAUCAAUGGCGGACAUUCUAGAGAGGCUGUUUGAAGCUGAUAAUAUUUCCCUGGUGAUGAUGGAGAUAUCGAAAGGAUUAAUAUCGAAGCUCCAGACAGUGCAGUUCAGCUUAAACUGUUCAGGACUGAGAGAGAACGAGAUGAGAUCGAAGCUUCAGGAUAGCUUGCAGAGACUGUCGACUCAAGAAUCCGCCAUGCAGAGGCUGAAAGCGAGUAGGUCAGAAGCUGAUGAUCUCCUGGUGGGGCAGGUGAACAGUCUGAAAUCCAGCCUUAAAGAAGCCGAAGACAGAUUUGCUCUCUCUGAUUCAGAGACCAUAGCUCUGAAGGAGGAGGUGAAUUCCCUUGAGAAGAGGCUGAGAGAAUCUGACAUGGAGCUUCUGACUAACCAGGAGAAGGUUGUGGAGGCAGAGAGAAGAGCCGAGAACGCAGAAACCAGUUGCAACCUAUUAGCAGAGACCAACAUGGAGCUCAGCAAAGAUCUCGGUUCGAUCAGAAUGGUGCUGUCAGAAAAGGAAGAUGCGCUGGACAGGCAGCGCAAGGAGUCGGAUGCCCAGCUGAAGCAGGCCACGGCAGCGAUCGAGGCAAUUGGGGAGCAACGGGAUUUGCUCUUUUCCACAGUCAGCGACAUGGAAACACUAAUCAAGGGUCUGAAGGCGAGAGCUUCAGAAGCAGAUGCCAUAGCCCAGAGCGCGGAGUCCAAGUGUUCUUCGUUGACUGAAACCAAUUCGAAGCUCAGUGUGGAGCUGGGCUCGCUGAGAAGUAGAUUGGGGUGUUUGGAGGGAUCUCUUCAUCAAGCUGAGAAAGCCAAGAUGGCAACUGCGAAGGACAUCGGCGUCAAGGCUAAAUUUAUCAAUGAUCUGGUGAUAAAACUAGCAUCAGAAAGAGAGCGGCUUCAAGCGCAGGUCUGGUUCCAUUUCAAGUUGCACAUUCAAGUUCUCUCGCCUUCUCCAGAUGAUAAUUUUUUACAGCUUUUGAUUCCAAUCUUAGCAUAUAUCCGAUGCUUCUCUUCCACGGUUUCAGGGAAGAGAAGCAUCCGCUUAUGCUGUUUAUAUGAACAUCUGCUUUUCUCCUUGCAGGUCUCCAGACUGACGACAGAUAACCAGGCUCUGCGGGAUUCAAGUCAGGGGAUUCAAGACGAUGGGAAGGAACUCGGUUGCGUCGAAUCAUUCGAAGGAUCAGUCGCAGAGUCCUCCGCGGCAGAUUUUCAGGUGCCUCUCGGCCUCUUCCUGAUGACAUUAUUUCCUUUGAAAAAUGGGAUGCUUGGUGAUUCCGGUGGGAGACAAAAUUACAUGUUUUCCCACCUCAGAGUAAAUUAGAAAAAAUGCAUGUUUUUUCAGAGAAACCAUGAUUCUUCUUCCAUGUGGGUUUCUCUGAAAAUGUUCUUCUCGGUGUAUCGUCAGGCUGAAGCUUAUUCCCCGGGGGUUGACGACUCCGCGGCGGCGGCGGGGGCGGCGGGGGCGGCGCUGAAUGUCGGGGCCGUGAGAUCUAUAGAAGCCGGGCUGCUGGGCCCGAAGCACGUCGUUGUCGCCGCCCUUGUCCUGGCGAUCUCGGCUAUCGGGGUCUACAUUUUCCAGCUGGAGAGCUGCCCUUUUUGA